AUGUCUCUGGUCUAUAUAACCUAUCACGAUGAGAAUAUUUUCGAUGUGGACAAUGAAAAGGAUUCACUUACUACUCAACGGCAACGUUUGAAAUACAAAUCGAAAUUCAAUGAAAUGGUUAAGGAACAAACAAAAGCUCGUCAUGUCAUUGAUAUGCCAGAUCAUCGGAAACUAUUGACAAGUUCAGCGAAAAAUAGUCAUCAAACAAUGGGUUAUGCUAUUACACCAUUAGAAAUGCCAAAUAAUUUCUUAAAAAAGAAUCAUGGCAUUAAAUGGCAACGUUUAAGAGAACAUCAAUGUCCACCGAAAAGAGAAAUACCACCGGUUCCGCAUUUUGAACAUGUUCCCCAUUCAGUGCAUUCAAAAUCCGCUGCGGUAAGAAAAGAUGUCAAAGGUGGUAAGCAAUUGUGUCCGCGUACACCUGAACCCAAACGACCACCACCACGAUUUGUCGAUACACCCAAAGGAGAUCGUCAUAAUCUUCUGAAUAGCGGCUUAAUUCCUCAAUAUAUUUGUUCGAAAAAUUUCGGUCGAGUUCCCUGCUACAUUGAUCAUCACAAGAAACUUUUGAAGCAUUUGAAUGAACGUUGUGCCCAGGCAAAAAAGCAAUCGGAAAAUGCUUGCGUUCGCUAUAUGGAUCGUAUGCCAAGUGUUAAGAAACUAUCUGCAGAGGAGCGUAAUGAGAUAUUACAGGGUCUUCGCACAAACUUCGCUAGUUUGUUUAAAAGAUAUCAAAGUCUUUCGGUGUGCACGGAUACUGUGGCCAAACAGCUCAAAAAAGGAAAAAUGGAAAACGAAUUGCGUCAAUUGGAACAGGAUAUUUAUCUAAUGGAACAUAAUCCGGAAAUAUACGUUUCAGCUUAUUGAGAUACGAUUUAAAA